AUGAAGAUUGAAUCUCAGCCGGAGUUGAAGCGCCGCAAAAGAAAUAGACUCACUGUCGUUUGCCAACGGUGCCGCUUAAAGAAGGCAAAAUGCGACAAGAAACAGCCUUGCGAAACCUGCUCCAAAUCCAAGUGUCCAGAGCUAUGUAUCUACGAAAACUCCACCAUCGACAAAAAGCCACUGUCGGUCUCGCUAAAUCUGGUGGGCAUAUCCGCCCCACAAUCCAUAGAAAGCAUUCCGCAGUCGCGGAUGGACUCGUUAGACUCGGAGUCAAACACCCCAAAAGAAUCCACUACGUCCCUGAUUUCCCAUGUUGUAAUUGAAACAAGUGAUUUCUUGAUUGGUGUCAACCCUGUGGUAAGAUCAUCCAAUAUGGUAAACAUGUAUAUGGACCUCACAGUGGAUUCUCCAUCGUCGAUGAUGUCUGGUAAUGAGCACAGCUUCAGAAUGUUCAAGUGCUAUAGACAUUCCCACAGGCCAGUCCCUUUCGUUGAACUUUCGCAACAAGAACCUGGAAGUCAGUUGUAUUGGCGUUAUAAAGGGAAAGAGAACCUCAAAUUGAUGACUAUACAGAACUUCGAGCCAGAAUCACUUCGAAAUGAAUUGGCAAUCGCAACGCGGACUAGGUUUGGAGAAAGAUAUAUCCACAGCAAAUCAGAAGCGCAGUCAUUAGGGAUCACCACAAAAGACCGGACCAUACAGUUGUCGGCUUAUGGUAUCAGCUUUGGCCAUUCUUUCACACCAGAAACUUAUGAUAAUGAGAACCAGCUAGAGAAUUUGCGUGCUAUCCUUCCAGAUAGACAUUCUUUAUUGGGUUAUGUGAAGCGAUUUUUUGAAGUCAUAUACCCCGUGUACCCUAUCAUCGAUGAGGAGUGGAUGUUUGGGCAGAUCACUAGACUACUCCGGUUUUCACCAACUGGGGAGUUGGAUAAUGUCCUUAUGAUGAGCAGAGACGACCAUGUGAUCAUAUCCAUCCUUCUACUAGUUUUGCGUUUGGCGUACCUUUCUUACUUUACCAAUGUCGCUGAUCAUAAUGAGAGAAUUCUCCGUACCGUUAGGUCUUCUUUUCCAGGGGCUGCUACAUUGGAGAAUAGCCCUGUCACUCUCACUGCGGUUCUGGUAGCUUCUGAAUUCCUUGAACGAGGAUCGAAGGGCCGUAAAACCCUGUUGGUGACUUUGCAGGCUAAUAUUAUGAAAUGUAUCUUGAGACUACUUGCCUCAGAUAGAGAAAAUGGAUUUAGUAUUCUUCACGACAAUACCAACUGUGCUAAGUUGAUUCAGAUGGCUAUUUCUUUAUCCAUGGAACGUGACCCUGAUUACAUUGCAGAAUAUUCCCCGGCUGGUAAAAAGCUCAGUAAUUUGCGAAGAAAGAUAUGGUAUGUGUUGGUGCGCCUAGAUUUAACUAUGUCGUACCUUUUCCACUGCCCACGGAGUAUUACAUCUGAGAUGUAUAAUACGAAACUACCGGUGUUCUCUCCUUCAGCAUCCAACAUCGAAGAUUUGACUUUAGAAAAAGAAGUCCUUGAUCUGAUGAGUGAAAUUCAUCUGGUCAUGGAAGCAGGCUGCUCGUUACUCGAUAUCUCUUUGAAUGUGAAGGACCUUUUUAAAGCUAAUGAUGUCCUUCAAAAGUUGACGGACUUUGAACAAUGCAUACAGGAUGUUAUUGGUACCCCAUCUGAGUACUUGAGCGGGCAGAGGCCUUCCAAGUAUACAUCAAACGUCUUAACAGUGCUGGCAUUACAGACACAAUUGAUUUUGAAGCUAUUCAUCGGAAACGCAUAUUAUUUCUUCUACUUAUACUAUAAGUAUAGAAAUAAGCUGGAGCUAGAAUACUUUUUCUUGCGCAAAGUCCUUAUCAUCAUGUUCGUUGAAAUGAACAUCUAUAGUAUGGAACUUAUGUUUUUGAAGCAUGAUAUCGUGAACUCUGAGUUUUUUCUUUUUAUGAGCCCAGUUCUACUUCUUUAUGUGCAUGGGAUUGCAAUGGUUGGUUUAGGUCUUGCCAUAAGGCUUGACUGUUCGGUCAUAGUAGCAGAAAGCUCAAAUCAUACUACCUCUGAGCAUGUUGAGUUGCUCAAGAAGUUGACUCAAAGAAACGAAUGUUUUGUGUUGGGGAAACUCAAACUUUGCAAGUUUAUGAGCGAACGUUAUUUUUACGCUUGGAAAUGUCUGAAAUCAUUUGGACAUGGAUACAAAACUAUAUAUGAAGCGGAGUUUUAUGGAAACUACAUUGAGGAGCUUUCGAAGACUUCGGUUUCGUGGACUACUCGCCAACAAGAAGAAAUGAUGGAUUUGAUUCCUUCUGCAGUCCCUGAAGUGGUUGCUGGUGUGGGAGAUAUAAGCCGAUACACUUACUGCAGCGAUAGCAGUAUGGAAGAUGCUGACCUCAAAGGUGAUGAUUUGCUAAAAACCAUUCAAACUGAUCAUUUCUGGAUCUGUUUCAAUACAGUCAAAGAAAGCAUCUACCUGGAUUUUCCAGUCACGGAAGAGUUGGAGAUAUUUGGGGCAAAAACACAGAAUUCGGUACUUCCGGAACAGGGCACUUCUGAGUCACUGGUGAUGAGAACGCCACUUUCCGGGGAUGAGAACCUCGAUACAAAGUUGCCCCAAUCUAUUGUUCCAGUUAAGGACACUAGGUAUGUGUCGAAUUUUAUGGAUCAAAAUCCGCAAGAAAUCAUAGAUUUCAAUUUGUUUUCUACGGAUUGGACAAUUGAUGAAUUGUUCAAUCAACAUUUUGAUUAA